AGUGAGAUAGCUAGUCAGAGGUGACUAUGAGUGCAGCAGCCAGGGAGAGGAGGCAACAGCAGCUCCCUCCUCUGCAACAGGUCUGCCUUAUCUACUGAACAAGCAGUAUGGUGAUGGGGCAAGUCCUGACCUAUGGUGGCCGGGCGGGAAGUGGCACUACUGUGGUGCCAGCGCUUAUACUCCUGUACACUAUAUCUCUCCUUGUUUGUUUUUUAUCACAUUUUAAAGCUCUCUCUAAGCUGAAUGGUACGGUAUUUAAAACGUUUCCUUAUGCUCUCAAGCUUAAGCAAUCAGACUUUUACACCUGAGUAAAUUGUUAGCCAAGUACAGUAUUAACAAAGUUGCUAAUGCUCUGAUUUUUUCUCAUUUCUUAUAAGAGCAUCUGUAGAGCUGUCUGGUGAGUCAGCUGAGCGAGUGACCUGAUUUUCUGAUUACAAGAUACUCUACGUCACAUAUAGUAUGGGGUUCCUCUAUAGUACAGUAGUAGAGUUGCCAGGAAUGUUACGCCGGCCGACUUACCGCACUGCCAGGCGUUGUGUAUCGUUCGUCCGGCAGAGCGGCACGAGUCACAUGCCAGAUCGCUAUAUAUACUCGCCAGGUGUACACACUUCUCCUCAGUCGAAUUCAAGCGUUGCCACAACCUGUGUAUCUCCUAGACAGGUUCUCGAGAACGACAGUAUUAAACCUUCCAGUAUAUAAACGUGUCGCCAGAAGUUUCAUUUUAAGUGUUCCCAAAACGGAAACUGUUAACACGGGUCUUCUUAAAGUUGAUUUGCCAGGAAGCUGAAAGGUAGAUAGGUGCCUUCUGCAGAUUAAAGAGUGAAGGUGACAGCCUUCAUUCAGUUUUCUGCAGAUCCAUUAUUACAGCUUAUAAAUUUCCGGACUCAGUAUUUUUAAUGUUCAGUGAACAAUAAACAAGAAUAGUGAUUAACUUUACUGAAAUUCUGGCGCACUUGUCAGCGAGUGACGUCACAGACCGGUACAGUACUGUCAAAUCGAUCAAGCGAGUUUAGCGUAUUGAGCGACUUUGGUGAAUAACGAUAAGUCAGCCGUGUGUCAAAUACUCCAGGUGACAGUUAAAAGAUAAACCGGCACCAUGAUGCAAGUAAGCACAAUGUACGCACAAUCUCUCGAGCGUCAGUUAGUGUCUCGACGCUCACAACUCAUCCACAACCUUUCCCGCUCUAGCUGUGGCCAGGCUGAACCGAUGCGACAAGCUUCAGACGCCCCCACUUUAAACCCGCUACCCCCCCUAUCGCCACCCCACAAGAAGCAGGAGGGUAACCAGGGUAGUGAAACCGACCCGAAGGAGUGUACUGACCGUCUGUGUCGACUGCCAUCACAGCAUCGAGGAGGCUACAUGUUGGGCUCACCUAAACGACACAACGCAUCAUCGGCGGUGUCCGCCGCCCGCCUCACCCAGUCUACGGGUAAUCUUACCGUACACUCUGACCUUACGCUCCUCAGGAAGAAGGAUGAUCUCUCCUUGUCCCUGUCAGCCCCACAUUCCCCAGUCUUGGACAAGAAAGCAGCAAAGAAAGCCAAGGAGAAACAAGAGAAAGAAGCCAAGAAGACUCCCUCCAACUUCAUGCUGUUGACACCUUGGUUCACGCGGCAGAACAACGAGAGGCUCCUGUCGCAGGUCCGGUCUGGAGACAUCCUCGAGUUCAACAUUAAGCUUCACCACCACUGGGGCAUCGCCAUCGUGCCCAAGAAUAAAAAGCCGGGUCUUGCUACGCUCGAGUUAGCUCAUCUGGUGCGGGAUAAGGACGGUCGUCAGAGGGCUGUGAGGCAGCCUUUGAAGGACUACUGGCACGAGGGAGUGACAGCGAGGGUCAACAAUUCCAGGGAUGUACACAAGCCACCUCUGCCCGCGGGCGAGGUCACUUCAGCAGCUCUCAAGCUGAUAGUGCAGCCGUACCGCGUGUGGCAGAAUUCCGAACAGAUGGUAGUGUCUUGUCGGUAUGGUGACGGCCAGCGAGCUCGCCAGCUGAGUGACGCUGCCAGGUGGGGGUCGCUGAGCAGGUGUGUGGGGCUGUGGCUGACGCUCACCUCCUCCACCCACACCUCCCCCACAGGCUCCCCAGGACCUCUUAGGAAGAGGACCGUCUCCGUCAACUUCUGAGGCAGCCACGUCAUCAGCACCUAACACGGGAGGCCAGAGAAAUACUUGUUAUUUCAUUUAUUGUAGAAGAAGGAGAGUUUUAGAAGAUUGAUUCAGAUUAUGUUUUUUACUAGAUUUAAUUUGAAGUUGUACAGAUAGAUUAUAUAUUUUGAUUUAAUGCAUAUAACCAAAAACAUUAAUGAAACUGUUUAGCAGGAAGUUUUAAACGAGUGGAUAUUUUGUACGGUGGCGUGGUAUAUGUGCUAAGUAACACAUCUCGUUGGGAGUUAAAGAAGGAUAUGGUUUUUGCCAAUGACCACCAAACGUGAUACUAUAGUUGUAUGUUAAGGUUUGAUCUUUCCUCUGAAUAUGUAUAUAAUGUCAUCUUCAUCUCCAUGUUUAUUUUUGUCCACAUUGAUCAAGGAGAAACAAACUUGAGUGACAUAAGGCCACAGUUACACACAUUAUCAAGAUUUUUUUUUCUAAAGACUUAUAACACAGCGAGUCGAUUCAUUUUAGAAACGAUGAAUUACGAACACAGAGUUGUAUGGUCGUGGGAGAAGCAUGUGACAGCCACGGUACAAAGAUUCUUUUUAAAAUAUGUACGUGUAUUAGAUCAUCAUUCACUAAGUUGUCUUAUACUCUUGAAGAACUUUUAAUAUAUCCUUGAAUAACACAUGUUGUUCAUUUGUCAUUUAUGAAGGCGUUUGCACAGUUAGCAAGGUCUUGUUCUCUGGACACUUCAUUCGACACGCUCGUGCGUCACCCUAUACAGUAUACAGUAUACUGUAUUACACACUCAGUAUACAUCAAGUACUUCAGAGCCUUUCAGUGUGGCAUAUUAUUAGUAUUUUCGGCAAUUCAUUGUCAUUUGUAAAUUGCGUCAUGAUCGUAUAUCCGUGUCACUUGUAUACCGUGUCAUUCUGUCACUUGUAAAUUGUCAUUUUAUCCACGUCACUUGUAAAUUGUGUCAUUGUUUCCGUGUCACUUGCAAAUUGCAUCAUUUAUCCGCAUCACUUGUAAAUUACGUCAUUAUCUCUGUAAAUCGCUUGUACAUAGCAUCAUUAUCUCUAUUUUAUUUGUAAAUUGCGUCAUUAUUUUCGUGCGUCACGUAAAUUACUCCAUUAUCAACAUUACCGCCAUUAUUUUCAUAACUAUACUAAGUUAACGUUCUUAAAUGUAUACUUUUACAUACCAUUAUAGCGGUAAACAGUAUACAUGACCGUGUAUGCUACUAUGGCGUUACAGAGACUCUUGGCUGUAUGUGGCAUUACAGGGGAUUCGUGGCUGUACUGUAACAAGUCACUAGAGACGUUCACUACAGGCGCUGGUGGGUAACUUGGUCUAAUGUGUCCACUCUCAUUAUUGCUGACGACAUUCCUUGGGGUGGUUUCUCUCGCCAGCUGUACAUUAUGUAGUGUACAAGAUAAUGUACAUAACAAACGUACAUCACAACGAGGUGACAGCCCAGGGGAGCACACCAAUACUAUAGUUUAGAUAACACAGUAGCAUGGGUAGAGGCUGAUGAAAGAUGUACAGAGGUGAUUUGAAUCCAUUCUUUUAGUAACAAUUAUUAUUACAUCUACUGUUGUGUAUGAUACAGACACUUCAAAAAAAUAUGUUAGUAUAUCAAAGAGAUCCGAGAGGUUCAUGUGAAGUAACAACAAAAGCAUUCCGGCUGAAUUAAAGUUAUGAUUUUGUAGAUGUUAUAAAAUGUAUUCUGGUAGAUCACGAAAAACUAAUAUUGUACCUGGUUUGGGGUUGAUUAUUACAGGAGAGUCAACACAGUUUUCUGGAGUUACCUGAGAGAGUGUUACUGUGUUCUCUAAACUACCCAUACCAGACAGGCCCCGCCAACACAGUUAUACAUAUAGUUAGGUAGUUAAGAGCAGUUAGUCUAUCAUUUUGGUUCAGUUGUGUGGCGUUGACUUAUUGCUGAGAUAAUUGACCAUGUACUUUUUGGCUUAGUUUAGUGAAUAGUAAUUUCAAAUAUGUUUAAUUAGACACUACAGUAGUUAUAAAUAACAGCAGCAGCUAAGAGUCUGGCUAUGAAAUGUCGUAAACUAUAGCUGUUGGAGUUACUACUUAACUGAGUGUGGGGUAAGGGUCAUCCCAGACCAAGCUAGCCCAUGACUCCCAAAUGUUCUUACAUAACACAUUUCUGUCUACUAGUGGUGUAAGGAUGCUUCUGUUUGGCUCACUCAAGAAGGUACAGUUCACCAAGACUGACUGACUUAACUACUGGCAGCAGAAACUACGUCUAAAUUGUACGAGAUAUUCAUUAACCAGAGGCAUUCUCUUACCCCUAGUAGAGGGAAGACUGUGUACCAGUGUUUGAGAACUCGGUCUAGUGUUUUAUUCUGUCUACUGUAUUACACCGUCACUGUGGUGUAGUGAUAAAUUCCCUGACACUGAUGUGGCAGUUGUAUUCUAGUAUAUAAGUAACUGUGUGUAUAUAUAUAUAUAUAUAUAUAUAUAUAUAUAUAUAUAUAUAUAUAUAUAUAUAUAUAUAUAUAUAUAUAUAUAUAUAUAUAUAUAUAUAUAUAUAUAUAUAUAUAUAUAUAUAUAUAUAUAUAUAUAUAUAUAAAGUGAACACAACGUUUUGUACCCAUGACCAAUGAUCUCUUUAGUCUUGGCGCUCCACAUGGUCACUACUGCGAUGGUUACUCUUGUCUAUGCAUGUAAAUAUUGCCUGUGAUAAUAAUAUACAGUAUAUAUAUAUAGUUUAUAUAUAUAUAUAUAUAUACAUUGGUAGAUAAACUACUCAGCUAGGGUCAUCAUCAGUGUAGGUACAUUCCUCUGUCCAACUUCCAACUCAUGGCUGUUAUCAAGUAUUACAGUCUGUUGAAGGCUUCGUUGUGCUAUAUGUGACAGCUGUUCCACCUACUGUAUGAAUAUUUUGUUUUUGGAUUUCUUAAUAUUAUAUGAACUAUUGAUGUCGUGGCAGCUUACCUGUUGACCUAAGGUUAGCUCAGUAAGUGUGGGAGUUACUGAGUGAGUUCUUCCCAUGCUGGGUACUGGGUGCCCAGCUGAGCCAACCAGUGAGUUCCAGUAUGUCUCUACACACCUGUGUCCUACUACACCCCCCCCCCUACGUCUAUGUACCUGUGUCUGAAUUUACGUUCAAUUCUCAUCCACCACCAACCUUAACAACCAAUGUCUCAACCCACACUCAUCACCCCCCCUAUCAACCAGUAUCAACCUACACUCCUCACCUCCACCACCACCAACCAAUAUCAACCCACACUCACCCCCUCAAUUAAUAUCAACCCCUCCCCCACCACCAACCAAUAUCACCCCCCCCACCAUCCAAUAUCAACCUACACCCAUCAGCCGCCCCCCCCCCCUCAACGUUCACUACAUCGAAAUCGAUGGUUCAAACCCUCUCAUUACCCACACAGGUGUCAUUCCACAGAGCUCCUACUUCACCCCCUGCCACCUCCUACCCAUUCCCCUCUCUUAUUAUAUAUUAUUAUUGGCUGCCAUACAUUCACUCAGUGUCCCAAGUAUAUUAUUCACUUAUAACUUUUUUUUAUUUUUUGUAAAGACUUGUUAUUUUUAUUUUUGUUCUUUUGUUAUCAUUUAUGGAACAUUUGGGUUUUUAUUAUCAUUACUUUAUUUAUUAUUGAUGUUAUCUCUAUUCCGGUAACAUCCUCUUCCACUUACUAUACACAGUUAUACACUUGCUCAACUUAAGGUGUUGUAUAACUUGUGUUUUAUCAUUAUUAUUUACCUGGACACGAGUGAAUGUAAACAAAAGUAAAAAAUAUGUUGUUUCUUUUGUUUUAUCUCAAAUAUAUUUUGUAAUGAAGUUA